GGCCGCGCCGCCUCCGCACAGUCCCUGCCGGGCUCCCGCGCUGAACAGCCGCCGCUGAAGGCAGCCCCAGCACGGCAGGAACCAGCCCCUGCAAACCUCUCUGGAGCUCAUUGCAAGCGAGGCCUGGACCGUGGGCCUGAGCCAGGAGCUGAGCCGGCAGCUGGGCAGCUCUCCCCGCCUGUCCUGGGAGAAGCGGUUCCUGUACAAGGCUCUCGGCACGGCCCUGGCAGCUUGUGGGUGUCUCCACCACGUGCAGGAGCAGACCUUGGAGCACCUGAAAGCAGCCAACUUCCUGGAGCUGUGGCAGGCGCAGGGCAUGGUUUCAGUUGUGUCCCGCUGUGCCGAGAGCCACUUCCAGCUGGCCUUGUCCUUGGUGAAGGAGUUCACGGGGACUUUGAAACGCAAGAAGAGCAAGGCAAGAAGGACCCGCGCUACUCGCGCUGCGCUGCUGGUGAUGUACGGCCGGAUGGCGCUGCGCGCCCCCAGGGAGCAGCUGCUCGCCCGUGUCGAGAGAGACGUGGUGGCGAAUGUCCUGCAGCUCUACCGAGAGGGCUGCCAGGAUGCGCAGCUGAAGCUCUCCCUGGUGCAGAGCGUCACUGAGAUCAGCCUUGCCAUCCAGGCUGCAGGCGCCGGCCCCAGGUUUGAGCUCUGCUGCAAGCGGGAGCUGCUGCAGACCCUGCUGGAGGUGAUUCAGGAAGAGCCCCAGGAGUCCCCGGUGCACCCCCGGGCCCUCGUGGCCAUGCAGCAGUUGAGCAAGCUGAAGCCCCGUCUGAGCAGGGAGGAAAACCGCCACCUCCUGGCUCAGUGCUGCCAGGGCAUCGGCAGACGGCGGUGGCUGCUUCAUGCCCACCGGUAG